AUGAAGUCAUCCCAUUUAGAUUCCUUAGGAACAAAUUUAAUGUCUAAGUUUUCUACUGAUUGUACAACUGAGAAUGGUCAUCCAACUAAAAUUGAGAAUGCCCAACAUGGGCUGAUUUUUUCAACCAGCCAAUUCUAUGAUCCUGGAAGUUCUUCCAAGAAUCCCAUAAAUACAGAAAAGAAAAAUCCUGUUCGUGGCAGGCCUAAGAAGCAUCUGGGAGUACCAAGUCUUGCCAUGAAUUUGAAUAGUAACCCCCCUAAAGAAGCGGUCAACAUAUCAGUAGCACAACAGCCAACGAGCGACUCGGACGAAGAUAGCGAUUACGACCCUUUUGCAACUUAUUUAUCCGAUGAGGACUUCUGUUUCGAACCUGAAGAAAACGAGGCACCUUUUAUAAUUCACGACAACUACACCCGUUCUUCUGAAGCUUAUUACGACAUAGGGGACCCGCUCAUCGAAUGUCGUUAUUGUAAAUCCAUGAUGUGGUAUCAAGAACAGAUGAAUAAAAGUUCCCAUUAUGCUAAUCCGAAGUUUAUGCUGUGUUGUUGCAAUGGGAAAGUUGAAAUACCACUACUAAAACAACCUCCAAAAGUUCUUGCAAAAUUGAUGUUUGACCAUGAUAACGUAGUGAGCAGAAAGUUUCAACAACAUAUUAGAGUUUACAAUAUGAUGUUCGCCUUUACAUCGCCAGGUGCAAAGUUGGACAAUCGUUUUAACAAUGGAGGUGGACCACCAACUUUACGGAUACAAGGUCAAACAUGCCAUCCAAUUGGAAGUUUGUUACCUGCUCGAGGAGACACACCCAAAUUUGCUCAAUUAUAUAUUUAUGACACAGAAAAUGAGGUUCACAAUCGAAUGAAGUGUCUAAGGACUACCAAGAACAUUGAUCCAGAAGUUGUACAACAAUUAUCUACAAUGAUGUAUGAACACAAUACUCAUGCCAAGAGCUUUAAAAUGGCAAAACAAUGGUUCAACGAAGUGGAUACUCAAAACCUGAAGUUGAGACUCAUAGCUGACAAAUCCACGGAUGGAAGAGUGUAUAACCAACCGACAGUGUCUGAAGUUGCUGCCUUAGUUGUUGGUGAUAUUGACACAGCAGAAAUGAGGGAUAUAAUUAUGCAAUACCAAGGAGGCGGACUUAAGCGGAUCAACGAGCUCCAUGCAAGUUACAUGGCCUUCCAAUAUCCUUUGAUUUUUCCCUAUGGUGAGGACGGUUAUAGACCAAAUAUUGCCCAUAGAGACUUGCCAAUCUAUCAGAAUAGCUUACGAAAUAGGCUUACAAUAAGGGAAUGGCUAUCAUAUCACAUUCAAACAAGGUUAGCUGAACCUAGGACUUUGUUAUCUUCACGAAGGUUGUUCCAACAAUUUCUUGUCGAUGGUUACACGAUGUUAGAAUCUGAAAAAUUAGAAUGGAUUCGCAAGAAUCAACCAAAACUUAGGGUGUCCAAGUAUAAUUCUCUUAAUGACGAGGGUGAACAAAGUCAAAUUCCAGGUUCAAGCAUCGGUAAAAGAGUGGUUUUGCCUUCGUCCUUUGUUGGCGGUCGUAGGUUUAUGGAUCAACUGUACUAUGAUGGCACGGCUAUUUGUAGUAAGAUUGGUUUUCCAGAUUUGUUCAUCACUUUCACUUGCAAUCCUAAUUGGCCGGAAAUUCAUAGAGUUCUUGGACCACUGCAUUUGAAACCACAAGAUCGUCCGGAUGUCGUUUCAAGAAUCUUCAAAAUCAAGUUUGAUCAGUUGCUAGCAGAUUUGACAAAAAAUGGUGUAUUAGGCAAAGUACUCGCAUGUGAUUUGUCCCUUAGCACUUUACUGAGGUCCAUUUGCAUGAAAGAUGGGAAGUGCUCCAAGUAUUACCCAAAAAAAUUUCAACCUACCACUAUAGUUGACCAAGAUGGCUAUCCAGUUUAUAGGAGAAGAAACAAUGGAAACACAAUUGAAAAAAAUGGGAUAAUCUUUCAUAGUGGACAUGUUGUACCGCACAACCCAAGUUUGUUGUUAAAGUACGAAGCAUACAUCAACAUGGAAUGGUGCAAUCAAAGUACUUCUAUCAAGUACCUUUUCAAAUACAUCAACAAAGGUUCAGACAGAAUUUCUGCUGUUAUCCAAGGCCAGUCCAACGAUGCAAAUUCGGGGAAAAAAAUGUUGACGAAAUUAAACAAUAUUUGGAUUGUCGAUACAUUUCCCCAAGUGAGGCAUGUUGGAGGAUAUUUGCAUAUUCCAUACACGGCAGAAAACUAG